UGCUGUGCGCGAGAGAGAAAGACAUACAGAACGAAAUCCGCAGCUUCUUGCAGGUAAAGAAUGGCAGCAUCUAUUUCAUCAUUACUUUCACUGUGCUGUGCUUCCACCUUCCCUAAGCAGUUAGCGGCGCCGAAUUCAACGGUUAUACAUAGCUCUACUGUAUCUCGUCCAUCUACUGUAAAUGCAUACGCGUCCACCACUGACGCAAUCUUUAAGGAAGAAGGUUAUUUCACUAGAAGGCCAAUUUUGCUUGGAAUAGGAGCACUAGCGACAACUUUAAUUCCUGCUAGUUUUGGUUAUGCUGAAGAAGUACCGAAAAACUAUGAAGCUUUUGUUGAUCUUUCAGAUGGAUAUUCUUAUUAUUACCCCUCAGAUUGGAGAGAAUUUGAUUUUAGAGGGCAUGAUUCAGCAUUUAAGGAUCGUUAUCUGCAACUACAAAAUGUUAGAGUGAGUUUCAUUCCAACGGAUAAAAGUGACAUCCAUGAUUUGGGUCCCAUGGAUGAGGUUAUUCCCAACUUGGUGAGACAUCAGUAUGCUGCACCAUCUCAAAGAGCUACCAUAUUCGACAUGCAGGAGCGGACUGUCAAUGGAAAAAAUUACUAUACCUUUGAGUAUGAACUUACUUCUCCAAUCUUUUCUCGCACUGCCUUCGCAACCAUAUCCAUUGGAAACGGAAGAUACUACACACUGGUAGUUGGGGCAAAUGAAAGACGGUGGAAGAGAGUUCGGAACCAACUUAAAGUUGUUGCUAAUUCAUUCAAGAUGCUUGACAUCUGAAAACUGAAAUGAUAGCAUGGACAAGCAAAUUUUCAUGAUUUCAUUUGUGAUUUUCUUUUUCCAGGUCCUAUUGAAUAGGGAAAUGGCUAGGUAGAGUAUUUUCUUUUUCAGGCCAUUGACUGAGAUUCAAAUUCCUAGGGCAACAAACCUUGCCUGGUAUAUUGU